AUGCCCGAGUUGGAUCAAUUGAAAGUCACGCCCGCAGACGGCCACAUUGUGUCCCCCGCGGACUUUGCCCAGAACGACAAGGUUCAGUUAUCGGGCCGGAUCAUCAACGUCAUGACCACGUUACCGACGCAGAUUGUCAGUCAGUACGACAGCAAGAGCGAGCAAUAUAGAUGGGACGUUGAGCUUGUCCGCGGUAACUCGGCGCUUUUUUCAUCGCAGCUGUUUUUGCUGCAGCAUUCCGACUGGGAGACUCAUUUGGUUGCUUGGACGGGCGAGUUGAAGAAUAAGCUGGAGAACACGUUUCGGUUGACCGCCGAGGAAUUGCAGGAUGAUCCGUUGUACCUUGACGAAGAAGAUAAGCACGGCAUUGAGGAAAAAGUGCAGAGUGCUAUUGGCAGCAAGAACAUCCACCCUGUGUGGUUGUUGAGACGCGAUCAGGAGAGAUGGAGAAAAUACGCCGAGCAUGUGCUUUGGCCCGUUUUCCAUUAUUUCGAAGGCACACCCUCCGACGGCAAGGCCGAGAUUGAAGCAUGGCACGAUUACGUCAAGUUCAACGAGGCCUACUUGAACAAGAUCAAGCUGAUUUACCAACCGGGCGACAUCAUCUGGAUCCACGAUUACUAUUUAUUGUUACUUCCGCAGUUGUUGAGAAUGGAGUUUCCCGACGCCUACAUUGGCCAUUUCUUGCACGUUCCGUUCCCUUCGUCGGAGUAUUUCAAGUGUCUUUCCAAGAGAACCCAGUUGUUGGAUGGUAUGUUGGGGUCCGAUAAGAUUGGGUUCCAGUCGGAGUCAUUCCAAAGACACUUUUUAUCGUGCUGUGCCCGCGUGCUCGGUUGCGAAGUGACAAAGUCGGAGGUGUUUGCAUACGGGAGAACCUUGUCGCUUGAAACGUUACCCAUAGGUAUCGACACGUUAAAGACUCAACAAGAGGCAUUCACGGCAGAUGUAACUGAAAAAGUCAAAGCGAUUCUGAACUCGUACAAGGAUAUGAAGAUUAUCGUGGGCCGUGACCGAUUAGACAAGGUUCGCGGUGUGCUUCAGAAAUUGCAAGCUUUCCAAAUCUUCCUCGACAUGUAUCCUGAAUGGAGAGAAAAAGUUGUUUUGAUUCAAGUGUCUAGCCCCGGUUAUCAACACUCUGCAAAUGUCGAGCUCAAGGUGACGGAAUUGAUCAAUCAAAUCAACUCCAAAUAUGGCACCUUGAAUUAUGCGCCCGUGAUUCACUACCAGAUGAUGGUGCCCAAAGACGAGUAUUUGGCGUUGUUGAGAGUGGCAGACUUGUGCUUGAUCACUUCGGUUCGAGAUGGCAUGAAUACCACGGCGAUGGAGUUUGUCAUUUGCCAAAAGGAUAAAGGCUCGCCCUUGAUCUUGUCCGAGUUUACUGGCACGGCAUCGGUAUUGAAAGAUGCUAUACUUGUCAACCCGUGGGACUCUGUGGGCAUUUCCAAGACAGUCAACGAUGCAUUAAAGUUUAGCGAUGGCGAGAAAAAGUAUCUUGAAGACAAGUUGUUUGCUAAGGUGUCGUCCAACACUAUUCAGCAUUGGACUUCGCAGUUUAUCCGCGACACAAUAGAACACGCGGCUGUUACCCAUGCCAACCACUAUACACCGGCGUUGAAUAGACCUUUACUACUCAAAAACUACGAGGAGUCCAAGCGGAGGUUAUUUUUGUUUGACUAUGACGGCACCUUGACUCCAAUCGUGCAAGACCCCGCAGCAGCCAUUCCUUCGGACAAGUUGAAUCGAGUCUUGGACACGUUAGCGCAGGACCCCAAGAACCAGAUCUGGAUCAUUUCAGGAAGAGACCAAGCCUUUUUGGAAAAAUGGAUGGGCAAGAAAAACAUUGGAUUAUCUGCCGAGCACGGUUGUUUCAUGAGGGACCCCGGUGAAAAAUACUGGCUCAAUUUGGCAGAGAAAUUCGACAUGUCAUGGCAAGAGAAAGUCAAGGACGUGUUUGAGAAAUACACCAAGGCCACGCCUGGGUCGAGCAUUGAAAUCAAAAAAGUGGCCAUCACCUGGCACUACCGUAGAGCCGAUCCCGAGUUGGGCGCAUUCCAAUCUGACCAAUGUCUAAAAGAACUCUUGGACACGGUCGCCAAGGACUACGACGUCGACGUCAUGGCAGGUAAGGCCAACCUUGAAGUUCGCCCCAAGUUCCUCAACAAGGGCGAGAUUGUGAAAACAUUGGUGUUGCACCCGCACGGAGCCAAGCAAGCCGUCGACGAGAUCUUGGAGAACGAAAUCAAGCACAACGACGACGAAUUGCCCGAUUUCGUCCUUUGCGUCGGCGACGAUCUCACCGAUGAAGACAUGUUCAAAUCUUUGCUCAAGAUCGAGAACCAAUGGAACUUGGACGCUAAGCCCAAGAACAAGUUGGACUCUUAUGGUGUUUUUCCCGUGGCUGUGGGUCCCGCCUCGAAAAAAACCGUGGCUACGGCCCACUUGAACGAGCCGGCGCAAGUGUUGGAAACGUUGGGACUCUUGGCGGGUCAAGUCUCCUUGUUUGAAAGCGCCGGCUCCGUCGAGUUGGACGAUCGCGGACACGUUGCCAACAGCGAGAGCUCGACCCGGUCCAAGGAUGCCAUCGUGCAAGCACAUUUGAGGAGGAAAAAGAGCACCGAUUUGAAAGCGAAAGCAGGAAGUAGCAGCAAUACCGAGCCCGCUGCUGCUGCUUGA